AUGACUGUUUCUGGAGCAGUUUUCUGCCUUUUGAGACUAGCAAUUUACAAAAUGAUUGGCUCAAUAACGACGUUAAAAGAGGAUGAAUCGACUCCUGAAAAGCGUACCGAGAAAAUUUUCAGUCAUAUGGACAAAAAUAAAGAUGAUAAAAUAAGUGUGGAUGAAUUUAUCGAUGGCGCAACGCGUGAUCCAACUAUUGUAAAACUCCUUCGAUGUGAUGUUUUCUGUGAUACAUAA